AUGUCAAAGGUAGCCCGAAAUUCUAUGUCUUCAAGUAUUGAUGUAAGCGAAGCAAAUGUUGAUGAGCCAGCAGAGACCAAUUUUGCUGUUUUGGCAAAUCAAAUUGUCGAUACUGCCAACAAAUUUCAAACAACACUGCAAAAUGUUUCUCGUCCUCAGUCUAGUCAGUCUGGUGACAUUGGUUCUGAGUGUUUUGAUAUUGAUUCACUUUUAACCAAAUCAACUAAUUUAACACCUUCAUCUUUAGCAUGUAGCAGCUACAUUGGACAUUGA